AUGAGUGAGAUGAGAGAAGAGCUCGAAGAGGCUGAGAUAGAGAAUUAUGAGCAGAGACCUUUUAUUCCUCAUGAUGCUCUCAAAGAUCUGUUACCAGAAAGCAAGAUAGCAACCCUCAUCAGCGCUCUGGCCGGAAGGGGAGUGCUUGAGGUCUAUCAACAGCGUGAAAUCAUCAACGCAAUCCUCGACAAUGGGUUGCGAUUAUUCGCGACGCUGUUGUCUUUGUCUCGACCAGAAUUGAUCCUGAAAUUCAUUGAGACUGAUCAUUUCGCCCAAAGUCAGCUGGAUUCGAGAUUGCCUCUUUCCCAUCACUCCCUGGGAUUGAUCCUUCGGGAUGAGAAGCUGAGUGCUAGAUUUUACAAGCACCAAUGGAAAUUUUUGGCACCUUUCUUUCGCGCAGAUCAAUCGCACCGCGAACUCGAAGACAACGUGAUUCUGCCUUUCAUUGACUGUAAACGAUUAGGGGAGGGUGGCUUUGGUGAAGUUCACCAAAUGACCAUGGUAGCCUCAUAUCAAGGUCUAGUGCCAGAGGUGAAAGGCCAGGUCAAGAUUAUUCGAAAACAGAUCAAGCCUAAGCGCGGCGCCGAGAAAGACUUUCAAAAAGAACAACACAUUCUUUCUUUGUUGCGUUGCUUGCAGCAUCCCAACAUCAUACAGCUUCUGACCGCGUAUACAAUUCAUCAGACGCACAACUUCCUAUUUCCCCUGGCUGAUGGAGACUUAAAAGACUUUCUCUGCCAGCAGCGUCGACCUCCCGGCUUCGAGACCGACAACAAUGUCCUUCAAGCUUUGUAUGAGCUUGCGUCGGCCAUUGAGGCAGUUCACGAUUACUUUUCGAAUACCUUCAAUGUACGCAAGAUAGGCUGUCACUAUGAUCUCAAGCCUGACAACAUCUUAUACCGCUCCGGCAAGUUCAUACUUUCGGACUUUGGUCUCUCACAGCUGAGUGACGAGAAUGAAGGGUCCAAAUCUUUAUACAGGAACGGGGGAGGCGAAUACUGGGCUCCUGAAUGUGUUUCAAUUCACGACGACUUCAAGAAACUCCAUGUUGGUCGGUCGAGUGACAUGUGGUCGUUUGGUUGCAUAUUGUCUGAACUAUUGACUUAUCUACAAGACGGGCCCACCGGCGUUCUAAACUUUUCCAAAGGAAGAGAGAUUACGCUCGCAGGAUACUGGACUUGUAAGUCGUUUCAUGGUGGCGAUAAGCCACAUGAGGGAGUGUCUCAAUGGCUUUCGAGACUGGGUGGUCGGCACAAGAUCACAGACGCUCAAAAAAGCCUAAACUUGCUAAUACAAGACCUGUUACAACAAGAGCCAACGGCGCGGCCAAAAGCUCAGGAUAUCACCCUGGGCUUGUUCUAUAUUGCCCAAAACGAAGUCUAUCAAAGUGUCGACGUGCAGUUUCGGCCCCUCCUUGCAAAGUCUGAGCUCGAGAUAGAUAUAGAAUAUGAACGGUUUCGAAUCUGGGGUGAAGUUGAUGGCUAUCAAGAUCUUGCUCAGAAUGGUCAGUUGUAUGGCCGGAAGGAACCACGGAAUUUUGGGGAUCUGCAGCUAGUUCGAAGAUACCUCGCCAGAUUAUCUCAAGAGGUGGAAAAUGUUGCUAGAGUUCUUCAAGGUGGCGGCCGAAGACCGUACAGGGUUCUCUAUCAUCUUCAAAAAGUCGUCGACGAAUUGUGGGAUAUGCAACCCUCCCUGAUCCGACAAAGCAUGGCUAAUUCUCUGGAAAACCGCAUUCUGAAUACUGAAGAUAGAGCUCGGCUGAAAUCCAUAGAGACUGCCUUUCCCGGACCAGACGCACAUACAUCGAAGGAACUCUCAAUAGGGGACCAUGCCCCGCGGGCAGUGACGUACAGACGCAUCGGUCUGUUGGCGGCUAUGAAGCAAAUCGCUUCGGCCCUUGAAGAUCGAAUACAGUCAUCAGCGAAUAUGCUUAUCGACGAGAGACAAAUCAGCAAGCCUCUGAAACCCUUUCACUGGCACAACACUGGCAUACUGCGUACUGCCGACGGUUCAGAAAAACCAAUUCUUAUCGAAUGGUUAGAAUACGGCGGUGAAUGGGCCGAGCGCAUGGAAGAGUUGAUACAACGAAUUCAGGACAUUGCGUCGUUUCGUGCACCAUCGUCCACGAGACUCGCCUUCUCUGUACUGAUCUGUGCUGGCUACUAUCAUGACUUGGCGAAGCAUGCCUUUGGUAUAGUUUAUUACUUUCCGCCUCCGCAGCCGACCUCUCCAUUAUCUUCUCAAGACGUGGAGAAGCCCAUAAGCUUACGAGACAUCCUUUCGACGGUGAGAUCGAGGAAACAGCGGCCGUCUCUGGAUCAAGUCUUUGACGCAGCACUGAGCCUAAUCAAUAUGGUGCUGACCAUGCACAAAGCGAGCUGGCUUCACAAGAACAUUUCUUCCUACAACAUCAUUUUCUUUCCAGAUCGAGCUAAACCGAUCGCAGAGGCCAUGACUUCACCUCACUUCAUCGGCUUCAGCUAUAGCCGUUUGAACUUGGAAAAUGCCUUCACCCAAGGCCCUAACCAGCAACUCGAGUAUCAGCAUCCCGAUUACCUUCGCGGACCAAAUCGGUUUUGUCAGGAGUACGAAUAUUACAGCGUUGGACUCGUCCUGUUAGAGUUGGGCUUUUGGGCUCCUCUAGAAACAAUCUCCAAAGGCAUCGUAGGCAGUCCCUCCGAGAUGCUACAAGCAUUGGUGAAGACACAUGUACCAGUGCUAAAGACCUACAUGGGAAGAGCAUAUGGGGAUGCAGUGGCAGCGUGUCUGAGCAGUGAUUUUGGAGACAGCUCCAACCCAACUCAAGUGCGAGAGACCUUCGAACAAAAGGUUUUGCUCAAGGUGGAGAAUCGAAGUCACUGA